ACGCGCUUUUGGGGAGGAACGGGAGCGCGCGUCGCCAUUUGCUGAAGAACCGAGUCACAGCUGAGCCCAAACCGUCUGAACUCGGGUAAACACGAAACAAACUCGGCCUGGAGGAAACCCCGGACACCGAGCCCCGUUCGCCAUGAGGGCCCUUCUUCUAUGUCUCCUUUGGGGGACGUUUGUGUGCGUUUUCUCCGAACUCCACUCUCUCACCUACAUCUACACCGCCCUGUCCAAAAAGGUGUCAAACCCAGGCAUCCACGAGUUUACAGCCAUGGGUCUCCUGGACACAAAGAUGAUCGAUUACUUUGACUCAGACCUGCAGGAGAAGGUCCCCAAACAGACAUGGAUGAAGGAGAAGCUGGGGCAGGACUACUGGGACAAAGGAACCCAAUCCAGAAAGAGCAAGCAGCAGUGGUUCAAAGUCAACCUGGACAUCCUGAAGGAACGCAUGAACCAGACCGACGAAGAUGUCCAUGUUCUUCAGUGGAUGCAUGGCUGUGAGGCAGACCUGAUUGAUGGGAAGCUGCAGUUUCAGCGUGGGAUUGAUCAGUACAGUUACAAUGGCAACAGCUUCUUGUACUUUGACGAUGUGCAUGGCAUGUGGGUGGCCGCGGCGCACGAGGCGGAGCCAACCAAGAGGAAGUGGGAUGAGGUGGUGGUGCUGAAGGAGUACACCAAAGGAUACCUGGAGAAGGAAUGUCUGGACUGGCUCAGCAAGUUCAUGGACUAUGGCAGAGCACAGCUCAUUCAUGCAAAACCUCCAGAUGUGUACGUAUUUGCCAGUCCUGGGCGUCAAAAGUCCAGUGUGCGUUUGAACUGCUUGGCGACAGGCUUCUACCCCCCCGACAUCGUCCUCAGGCUGAUCCGGAUCAAUGGGAUGCAGAAGAUACUCGCGGAAGAGGACGGAGUCACUUCGACGGGGAUACGGCCCAAUCAGGACGACACGUACCAACUCCGAAAAUCUAUUGAAAUCCUGAGGACCGAUGAGGCACAGUACUCCUGCCAAGUCAUGCACGCAGCCACUGGUGUGAACAUCAAGAAGGAGUGGGACGGUAAACUCCCGGACCACUCUGAUGAGGAUAGAGGCUUCCCGACCGUAGCAGUGGCCACAGGGAUCAUUGUUCUUUUGGUUCUGAUCGGUGCGAUUGUGUGUGGUGUGAUGUACAAGAAACACCUGGACAAAAAGAAGAACUGUGCAGGAGACUACACCCUGGCUUCAAAGGACUGUCCCAUAUAUUCCAAUGGCAACGGACAUGAAUAGAGCUGACUCUGUUCUGUUCUUACUGUAGCUGUGAUGUAGAUGACCACUGGGACCCGUGCGUCUGCCUUAACAGUCAGAACAUGUGAAAAGUAGGGAUGGGACAAGAUACAAUUUCCACAAUAUGAGACGAGACGUGAGAUUGGAACUGGAGAACGAGACAAGACAAGAUUUUGACAUAAAUAAAUUAUGCUAUCCAGUUCCCAAUUUUAGCCUCACCAUAUUUGAUUUACUUCAUUUAAUAUUCUUGCUGUCAUUACAGCAGUGCUUAUUGGGGCUACAGGUUCUCAAAAAAUGUAAGUCACCAGUACCUAACUCCAUCCAAUCCGAACAUAAAAACAUGGGGGAAAAGUCUCAGAUCAUUUUCAGCAUGUGUGCUCAGGCUUGUGGCAGUUUUGUCUCUUGAGAGCUUGUCCCAUCCCUAGUGGAAAGUGAAGGAGAAGGUUCCAUUUCUGUUGGUUUUAAAACAUUAUUUAUAGGUGGAUUUCAGUUUUGCUCAUGCUGUGCAUUUCUCAGUAUUUCUCAGUAUUUUUAUUUUUAAUGUGAUCAAAAGCCGCACACACCGCCUACACCAGCUUACUAUACUUUCACUUCACAACACCACCACAGAGCACCAGACACAUGCAUACAUUUAUUUUAUUUAGAUUUGAUUUAUUUAAGAAAAGGAACAGUUAAUAUUAAAUGAUCAUUUUGACAAAUGUGAAUGUGGCAGAUUAUAGUCCUGGGCUCAUUUCCGUCUGCAGAUCUCUGCAGGCUGCUGUUACAAAAAACACAACAUAAACACACAACAUUUACACAGGCUGGGGGGUUAUUCUAUCAAAGUGUCCAGGCUUAUUCUGAAAAGAGAGACAGAUGUAAUAAAGGAGCAUACAGCCAGAAUCUGUCUGUGCCUCUCACAACAACCACACGUGCAAGAUCAUUUUAAUGAAAGAAUGGCCAAAGGCUUUUAUAUUAUUUGUGUGUUUUUGAUGAGUGCAGCGUCCACACACACGUGUGUCCGUGUGACGGAGCAUACGGCUGGAACAGUCUCAGGUGACAUGUGACUGUAGAAGUCCCUUAAACUGUAUCAGAGACAGGUGUUAAAACACAGGUGUAUGCUCCAGCGUCAACCAGACGAGCUUCUGCACAACUGACCAGGUGCAUCAAGGGAGUCCAAACCAUUUCAUUUGCAUUUAUUAUUUUUAUUGCUUUACUGCAGCAGUCAACAGUCAUAUUAGGUCAAAGUGCCAGCACAGGAAGCUUUCUGAUUGGCUGUCAAGUGUGUCACAGGGCUUUCUGAUUGGGUGUGCAGCACAUCAGCCUGCACACCUUCUCCAGACAGUUCUGAGCAUGAAGAGACUCAUACUGAGUUUCUUCAUACUGAGUGAGGGAACAUGUCCGUUUUUCCUCUUGUAUCCUCUUUACACAGAGGUCCGUUUUCUUCAGGAGAUUUUGUGUCUAACCUUAAAUUCAGAUGUGUGCCCUCCUUGGCCGGAGCGGGUGAGGUCUGUCAGAGUAUUACAGAUGAAGAUCUGCUAGUGUGAGCUCCUCAUUACUGAUUAGAGAAAAACUCAAAAACUCUCUCAAAAACUAACAUUUCUACAUGUCCCAACAAAGCAGGCUAAACAUUUGUGUGAUUUGAAGUUCACCUUGUACACUUUAGUUCAGUGUUUAGACUUGUUUUGCUUGAAGUUCUUUUUGGGUUGAAGUUACAUUUUGUUUUGAAGUGAUGUAUAAGCUCAGCUUUAUUGCUUUACUUUACUUUGGUCAAAUAUUUCAUCCCCGGUCGUCCUUGGAAGGGGUUUAGCCCAUAUCCUUUAGUUUGCACUACGGAUGCACCCAUCUGAUACCGAUACCAAUUCUGAUAGUAUUGGAUAUGUGUGCAGAUUCUGAAAAAUGAGCUUUAUCUAAUAAAUCUUACAAAUAUACCAAUAUGCUGAUGUCAUAUGACUUGAUGUAUUAACAACAAUUUACUGGUCAUAAACUGCUGAGUGAUGAUAAUAGCUCCAUAACACAUGUGGAUUAGUUUUAAUAAAUGCUGUUUUCACUGUCUGGUAUUGGCAGAUUCUUAAAGCUGUAGUAUCAGAAUCGGUAUCUGAACUGAAAAAGUGAGAUGGGUGCAUUCUUAGUUUGCACUAUAGGUGUUUAAGUUCCCUGUCUGCUUUGUUUUGGGUGGGCUACCCCCUCUCAGUUUUCAUAGAAUGCUUUUAUAAUAUUUUAUAAUUGUACUAAAUUUAUAAUUGUUUUAAAGUUUUACUUGCUCUUUUGUUGUUUAAUAAAUUUUAUUAUAUAUUUUCAA